AUGGCGAGCCCCACUCUGAGCCCCGACUCCUCGUCUCAUGAGGCCCUGUCAGCCCCCACGUGCUCCCCCACUUCUGACUCCGAGAACCUCAGCCCUGACGAGCUGGAGCUGUUGGCCAAACUCGAAGAGCAAAACCGGCUCCUGGAGGCCGACUCCAAGUCCAUGCGCUCCAUGAACGGCUCUCGGCGGAAUAGCGGCUCCUCACUGGUAUCCAGCUCCUCAGCCUCCUCCAACCUGAGCCACCUGGAAGAGGACACGUGGAUCCUAUGGGGCCGCGUUGCCAAUGAAUGGGAGGAGUGGCGUCGCCGGAAAGAGAAGCUGCUCAAGGAGCUGAUCCGCAAGGGCAUCCCACACCACUUCCGGGCCAUCGUGUGGCAGCUUCUGUGCUGCGCCACAGACAUGCCCGUCAAGAACCAGUACUCGGAGCUGCUCAAGAUGUCAUCACCCUGCGAGAAGCUGAUCCGCAGGGACAUUGCCCGUACCUACCCAGAGCACGAGUUCUUCAAGGGCCAGGACAGCCUGGGCCAGGAGGUCCUAUUCAACGUCAUGAAGGCCUACUCCCUUGUGGACCGAGAGGUGGGCUACUGCCAGGGCAGUGCCUUCAUCGUGGGCCUCCUCCUCAUGCAGAUGCCUGAGGAGGAAGCGUUCUGUGUGUUCGUGCGGCUGAUGCAGGAAUACCGGCUCCGGGAGCUCUUCAAGCCCAGUAUGGCGGAGCUGGGGCUCUGCAUCUACCAGUUUGAGUACAUGCUGCAGGAACAGCUUCCGGACCUGAACACACACUUCCGCUCCCAGAGUUUCCACACGUCCAUGUACGCCUCAUCCUGGUUCCUCACGCUCUUCCUCACCACGUUUCCACUGCCCGUGGCCACCCGCGUCUUUGACAUCUUCAUGUAUGAGGGACUGGAGAUCGUGUUCCGGGUGGGCCUGGCCAUGCUGCAGGUGAACCAGAUAGAACUAAUGCAACUGGACAUGGAGGGGAUGUCCCAGUACUUCCAGAGAGUGAUUCCCCACCAGUUCGACAGCUGCCCGGACAAGCUGAUCCUCAAAGCCUACCAGGUCAAGUACAACCCCAAGAAGAUGAAGAGACUGGAGAAGGAGUACGCGGCCAUGAAGAGCAAGGAGAUGGAGGAGCAGAUCGAGAUCAAAAGACUUCGGACGGAGAACCGACUCCUGAAACAGCGGAUUGAGACCCUGGAGAAGGAGAGUGCUGCUCUGGCUGAUAGGUUAAUCCAGGGGCAGGUGACACGGGCGCAGGAGGCCGAGGAGAACUAUGUCAUUAAGCGGGAGCUGGCCGUGGUACGACAGCAGUGCAGCACAGCCACCGAGGACCUGCAGAAGGCCCAGAGCACCAUCCGGCAAUUGCAGGAGCAGCAGGAUAACCCGCGCCUCACUGAGGACUUCGUGACGCACCUGGAAACAGAGCUAGAGCAGUCGCGGUUGCGUGAGACGGAGACGCUGGGGGCGCUGCGGGAGAUGCAGGACAAGGUUCUGGACAUGGAGAAGAGGAACAGCUCGCUGCCGGAUGAGAACAAUGUGGCGCGGCUGCAGGAAGAGCUGAAAGCGCUCAAGGUGCGCGAGGGAGAGGCAGUGGCGGCGUCGCGGGAGUUGAAACUACAGCUACAGGAACUCUCGGACACCUGGCAGGCCCAUCUGUCCCGUGGCGGCCGCUGGAAGGAAUCCCCACGGAAGCUGGUUCUAGGAGAGCUGCAGGACGAGCUGAUGAGCGUGCGUCUGCGUGAGGCCCAAGCCCUGGCCGACGGCCGUGAGUUGCGGCAGCGCGUAGUGGAGCUGGAGACGCAGGACCACAUCCACCGCAACCUGCUAAACCGCAUGGAGGCGGAGCGCGGGACACUGCAGGAAAAGCUGCAGUACCUGGCUGCGCAGAACAAGGGGUUGCAGACGCAACUCAGCGAGAGCCGCCGCAAACAGGCCGAGGCCGAAUGCAAGAGCAAGGAGGAAGUGAUGGCCGUGCGUCUGAGGGAGGCGGACAGCAUGGCUGCGGUGGCCGAAAUGAGGCAACGCAUCGCUGAGCUGGAAAUCCAGAGGGAAGAGGGCCGCAUCCAGGGCCAACUGAACCACUCGGAUUCGUCCCAGUACAUCCGGGAGCUCAAGGACCAGAUAGAGGAGCUGAAGACUGAGGUGCGGCUGCUGAAAGGCCCGCCAGCCUUCGAGGACCCGCUAGCUUUCGACGGGCUCAGCCUAGCUCGGCACCUGGACGAGGACUCACUGCCUUCAUCCGAUGAGGAGCUACUCGGUGUGGGUGUGGGCGCCGCGCUGCAGGACGCACUCUACCCGCUGUCCCCUCGUGACGCUCGCUUCUUCCGCUGUCUGGAGCGGCCGGCCAAGGACAGCGAGGGCAGCUCGGACAGCGAUGCUGACGAACUGGCUACGCCCUAUAGCCAGGGCCUAGACAACUGA